GUCUGUGGAUGCGAAGGCAAUCGUUUGCAAUUUGUCCCUGGCAAACAGCAAGCGCUUUUUCCUGGUUCUUUUUCUUUUUCUUUCUUCUUGGUCGUCUUUUCUUUUUUCUUUCAUUUACAAGGGAACAUGAAACUUUUGCCAACAUCGUUAGCAAUUCUCGCCUUUGCUGCGUUGACUCAAGCGCAAGAAGGCGCCACGGUACCCACUGGCGCAACCACCGGAGGAUCGUCGAGUUACGCUUGCGAUCCAAAUACCUGUAAAAUAGAAAACAACUGUCUUUGCGCAUCAUCAAAUCCUCCCAACGGCUUAUCUCCUUCUGAUACCCCACAAUUUGUCACCAUCACAUACGAUGACAGUAUCCAAGAAUCUUUGGUGAAAACCGCUCGUCAAAUGCUCAACGUAACUAAUCCCAACGGAUGCCCUGCUCGGGGUACCUGGUUCGUAUCCAUGCAAUAUACCGACUUUUCUCUGGUACAGCAAUGGUACGCUGAAGGACAUGAAGUGGCAGACCACACAUUCUCGCACGUCGGAUCACCUUCGGAUCAGGAAAUUGCCAGUUGCAAAAAGAUGAUCAUGGAAUAUGGCGGUGUGCCAAGUUCCAAGAUUCAAGGGUUCCGUGCACCUUUCUUAAAUUAUACAAAGGAUACCUUGGGCCAUUUGGCGCAGCAAGGAUUCCUGUACGAUUCGAGCGCCAGUGCCGUGACCAAUGAUGCCUACUGGCCUUACACGUUGGAUAACGGCAUGGCCAACGAUUGCUGGACCGGUAUCUGCGCCUCGGGUCAAGUCAAAUUGCCGGGCGUAUGGGAAGUUCCCAUGUAUGCCGUCAUGAAUAACCUCAGCGUCCCGCAACUCAUGGACGUCUACCUGGCAGGCACACCCGAUGAUGUGAAAAAAUGGAGCUUGGACGCUUUUGACAAGCAUUACAACGGUGGAAGACAGCCUUUUGGCAUCUAUGUUCAUCCCACUCACUUGACGGCCGUGCCCGGUAUGCCUGAUACGACACCUCUAUUGGAUGGCGUGGUAUCGUUGAUUCAGGAACUUGCCAAGAAACCCGACGUAUGGUUCGUGACCAACCAACAAUUACUGCAAUGGAUGAAACAUCCCGUCAAGGCGUCCGAACUUGCCAACCAGGACUAUAUGAAGUGCCAGCAACCCGUGAUUGAAAAGGAAAUCUGCAACGGUCUCGACGACGAUCAUUCCGGUCAGGUCGAUGAUGGUUUGCUCAACAGUUGCAAUUUCGGCAAUUCAGUGUUCAAGACGUGUUUCAACUGUCCCGGUUCCGCCCCCUCCGUUUCCAAUCCUGCACCUCAGUCAGCGACCCAGAACGGAACCCAAGGCUAUCGCUACCCUGUCCCCGAUAACUGCGAUUCCAUCUGGUGGGAUCCUAUCGGCAACUCCUGUUUAUGCUCCGGCACCGACUGCAAGUACAAAGAUAUCGCUGUUGCCAAGAGCCAAACCAAGGGCCAAGGUGGCGGUAAUGGUGGCUCCGGUAACAGCGGCAACACCCUCUCACCAAGCCAAUUCGUCACCGUUUCACUGUUCGGCUUGCUGACUUAUGCUCUUCACCACUUUUAAUGGCAUUUUGGUCUUUUUUUUUUUUUUUAUUCUUUAUUAUUUGUUUUGACUCCCGCGCACGUCAACUACAGUAGUUCCUUUUUUUUUUCUGAUUGGGUUUUUCCUCCUUUGCGCGAUAAUGUAAAAUAUGACGAGGUGACAAGAAGGUAUAUUAAAAGCGAUAGAAAAAUAUACA